GUUCUCUGUGACAUGCUCCUUAGGAAAGGCAUUUGAAAAAGAGCCGGUGAAACAUGCACGUUCUUCGAGUUACGUUAAUAUUACUUUUCCACAUCUUCGUAUGCAACACGUCAUCGCACCUGAAGAACGAUCGAGAUGGAUCACCUAAUAACGGCGAAACCUACGUUCGACGUGCUCGAAGAAUCGCAUUGAACGAGUAUCUCGUCCCACCACCGCCACCGCGACCUCACUCGAUUAGGGCAGGACGAGUAGCGAAUCCUUCGCAGAAGGAUACUCCAGGCUACUUCUCGCAACUGAUGAACUGGCUGAAUCCUUUCAGUUUCGGCUCUCCCACGUCUCAAAAGUCGCACCUCGAAACUCCGUACGUUUCACACCCUCAACCUUACGCUCCACCGCCGUUCCAUCAACCCUCCGCUCCACAACCUGACCCAUCGUUUCACCCUCUACUCGGAUCACAAGCCACUCUACCCUUGUAUCCUCCUCUCGCCCCUCCUCCAGCCCAACAUUCCGGUCCACUUCUCACAACUCCUUUCAGCGCGCAUCCUGUCCCACCUCUAAGUCCUCCCCCAAAUCCACAAAUCUACAACGUUCCUCCGGCACCCUUGCACAAUGUGCAACACGUUCCUCCGCCUGGCAGAAGCAUCGACGGUCCUUACGUGCCGGUGAACAAGGGAAAACCCUGCAAUCCUUGCAACAAAAUUCCCUGGAUCCCGAUGCAAGGCGGCGGACAUCACUCGGAGCAGUAUCUGGUCCCUCCGCAACUUUCAGACGGUUAUCUUCCUCCUGGCAAUCAACCGAGCAGUCACGACAUCCAGUACGCAGCUUCGGAUGAGAUUAGAGUCCCGGUGUUCUCUCAGAUACCCGUGGAACAAAGCAGGCAGCAACCUUUGUACCCUGGAUUGAUGCCUUUCUACAAAGCAGAACCCUCCGAUAGGCCAACCCUGAGUAACGCUCCUUAUGUAGACAAUUUGAAGCAGUUCGAAUCGCCACCUGCGCCUGUAACACCGACGCCCAACCACGAGGAAAGAAAUCCUCAGGUGAACACCGAUCAAAGUUACAAUCUAUACGGUAACGAGGAUUUAACGUCGAGUGGAACGCAAGUGAAUCAAGGACACGUGAGUGGUGUAUCUCAGAACCGCGAGGUCGAGAUCAGUAAGGAGCAUUUGGAUCACGAAGGAUCGUUCGGUGGUCCGAUUUUUGACAGCGAACCUGCUGAUCAGAAAUAUCGGAAUAGUCCUUCGACCCCUAAGCAGGAAAAUAAUCGAGAUUUGAGUCAUUCUGUGCAACAUAAACAGAAUACUGUUGUUAACUUCGAAUCGCCUAAUAUUGAGAAUCAUGAUUUUAGCAGUCAGAAUAGUAACGAUUACUACGACUCGUUUAAAUCGAACUUGGAUCACAAUGCUGGUUUGAAUCAUUUGACACCUGAUUCGAAUCCUUCGGCUAGUUUUGGAAAUUCUGAUUUUAAUAAUCAUCAGAUUGGUAAUUCGAAUUAUCAGUACUCGGGCGAUUUGUCGCCUAGUGGCAGUGUUAAUAAGGAUUCACAGGUGACGACUCAGUUGUCUCUUGUGACUGGUUCUUCUGUUCGAGAAGGACUGAUACACUUUGAGGAAUCACCAUUGCUGGAUCUGACGAAGAAAGGUGAAAGUCGUACCGAUACUCAAUGGUCAACAUCCACUGUUGGGUAUACGGAUAUCUAUGGAGUGUCUGACAGUACAAUAAAGACGACCACGGAUUACAAUCUAGGAACUGAUAGUAUCUUCGACGAAGAUACGUCUAGUUUUGUCAAGACAACCGAGUCUUAUUCUUCCUCGGAUAUUCGAAAUAUCAACAGUGUUUUUGGAACGUCGGCGUACGCGGUCGUAAAUUUACCAGAAAAUAAUAGAAAUCAACAGGUUGAAACGUCGACAAUUAACGCACAAUACACAAAUCAACCGAACGUUUUGCAUAAUCCGUUAUAUGGACAGCAAGGAUUUUUGUGGUCGAAUUUGUUGCCGAAUGCGCCAAAUUCGAGGAACGAUUCUUUGAAGAAUCAUGUGUCUUUGAAUCAUCUUGCUCAGUGGAACGAUUCUUCUCCGGAAGAUUCUCGAAAGCAGGAUAGUCAGUAUUCAAAGGACACGAAGGAUACGGUUCAGAAGCAGUUGAGUAUAAAACGAAACAAGCAAGUACAGGUUAUUAUACCAUACACCUCAGAAUACACGCCAAUUCCAUUUCAACACUCUUACGGAGACUGGAGCGUCAAAACUAACUUCGAAAGAACGCAACCGAGAAAAGUUUCUCCUCUACAUGAAGUGAACAUCGAUAACUACCUUCAACAAGAAUCUAGGAACGAUAUUCGAGUUGUCAAUCAGUCGCAGAUUAACUCCAAUGAUUCGAACAAUUUGAACGUGCAAGUCGUAAAAACAAAUAAUUCCAUCGAUGUACGCAGGUUACAAAAGAACAUUGAUAAUUGGACAAUACAAGAGUAUUCGAAACCUACAACGUCCAGCACUAUUUUACCUAGUUCCUUGCAUCCUUACUUAUUACCAUCGAAGAAGAUACCAACGGAAUAUUUAACAACGACAGAACCAGCCAACUAUGCAAACGAAUCGAAAGAUCACCAUGAAAGUGUAAAAACGUAUUCCUUGGCUGGAUUUACUUUCAACGAAGUAGAGCAUGAGGGCUCUACGAGCUACAACAUUGAAAAAAUUCAACCUGACACAACUAUACGAAUCGACGGCUCUAAAGCAACAGCCAGCGGUUCCGGGAUGAAAGAGAAGUCAACAUGGGAAACGUACUCAGUGUCAAUAUUACCUGGGAAUAAAGAAAGAGUUUAUGUGGUAACACCACAACCAGUACCAGAAAAGUCCUCGAAGAACGAUUUGAAAAAGCGAGAAAGAGAGUGGGAAAGAGAAAAUUCACAGAAAAGAAGCGAAUCGACCAUUAACGAUGCAAACAAUAACAAGUCCAACUUAAGCGAAUUCGAGGCCAUCGAGAAGGCUUAUCAGGUACUUCCACAAGCGGUAAAUAAUCUCGCUGUCGCGUCAACAGGGAAAGAAAAUAUUCCUUUAUGGGGUAUUAUGGAACACGAACAAUUUGCUUCGUUGAAUUUAGACGAAACCGACGAAACAGCGUCCGAGGACAUCGUUGAUAGACCAGUACUUUAUUCUGGACAUUCGAAGGUUUCACGUGCUAAACGAUGA